AUGACGGCCAGCGACUUGGAGGCCUAUCCGCUUCAUAAGGCAGCGUUUUUUAACGAUGUGCAGUCCAUAUCGCAGCUCAUUAAAUCGGGUCGUAGUUUGUAUGAACAAGAUAUGCAUGGAAACACUGCGCUGCACAUAUCGACAAUGCUUGGUCACAGAGAAGCUACCGCAUUGUUAUUGGCUCAUAACGCUCCAGUGAAAGUAAAAAACUGUGACGGAUGGAAUCCAUUGAUGGAAGCAGUUAGUUAUGGCGACAGACAGAUAAUCACCGAAAUGCUUCGAAAACUGAAAGCUCAGUCACGUAUGAGCGUCUCAACUCGCAAGCCUCAUCUUAUCAAAAUGAUGGAAGACAUUGGCGAUUUUUACCUCGAACUGAAAUGGGAUUUUCAGAGUUGGAUUCCUCUUCUUUCACGUAUGCUUCCUUCUGAUGUGUGUCAAAUCUACAAAAAAGGAACGCAGUUACGAAUGGAUACUACAUUAGCUGAUUUCAAUGAACGACGCUGGGAAAGAGGCGAUAUUUCCUUUGUUUUCAACGCAAAAGCAAAACAUGAAUCUGACGAAUUGAUAAUCAUGGAUAAUAAUACAAAAGUUUUUCAACGUGUUCGUCACGAAGAAUCUGAGGCUGAAGUGGACGAGGAGGUAGAUGUACUUAUGUCGUCGGACAUCGUUUCAGCGCAAAUGUCUACAAAGACGAUAACAUUCCGACAAGCAUUCUCUGGUUGGGUUUUCAAGCAUGCACGAGAGGAACAGAUUGGUGAUUACAAUGUGAACUUUUAUCUGGUUGAAGGAAUGAAACUGGUCUCGAGAAAAAGGAGAGAACAUUUGACUGCCGAUGACAUUAAGAAAAAUAAGUCGUUCAUGCAAUCUUUGGCCAGUGGUGCUGCUGUGGGUGAUGAGGAUUUCAAGAGUCUUCAACAUCGAAAGUCAUUGGCACCCCCUGGACGUAUGCCUACAACGUGGGAAGAGUAUGUUGGUGCAGCACCGGGAGCAGCUCCACCUCUUGGAAGAGCACAAAUACUGAAGCAGAACGAGAAACAGUUCACGGCUUUAAUCGGAAUGAGUGAGGACUUCCCCAUGGGUGUUGAAGUGUUAUUGGAUAUCCUUGAAAUAGUCGCACCUUUUAAACAUCUCGAGAAGUUGCGAAGAUUCUGCGAAGCAAGGCUACCACCAGGUUUUCCAGUCCGUGUUGAGAUUCCGCUACUUCCCACUAUAUCAGCAAAGGUGACCUUCCAAAAACUGCAGUUCGUCUCAAAUCUGUCAGAUAAAUUGUUCUACGUGCCUACCUCGUAUCGAGAGGAUCCAACGAGGUUCCCCGACUUAUGA